UACCUGGAAAGAGGCCUCUGUCAUCGACAGUUCCAACAAUAGUUGAAAAUGAAGAUGGAGAAUUGGAAUUAGUAAUUGGUGGUAGUGGUGGUACAAGAAUUCUUACCGCAGUCUUGCAGGUACUGACAAAUGUAUAUGAUUUUGAUAUGGACAUUUUAUCGGCUAUUAAUGCACCUAGAGUCCACCAACAACUAUUACCAGAUGUG